UGCAUCGGUUCACUAAACUCUGUGGGCAGUAUGAAUGUUGCACUAGUUGUUAUCUAAGCCAUCAAUUCUAUCCUUUAACACCUUACUCAGUCGAAUGUUGGCAUCUCUGUCAAUCAUCGAAUCAUGCUUUCACGACCCAAAAAUUAAUGGCUAUCUUUUGCGAACUGUCUAGGCAAUAGUAAGCCAACUAUUAACCUACAUAUAGCUCUAUUUGAUAUGGACCAACCACCUAUCCGAAUAUUGAGACGACCAUGUCCAGUUCCAUCUGACGUUCCUAAUACACCACAGAGGCCACCGAUAGUCACAAAAACACUUGAACAAAGGGAAGCAGACUAUGCUGCUGCUCGGAAAAGGAUCAUGGGGUCGGCCACUCCGGAGUCAACUAAGGUAGAGACUACAGAGUUAAUAGAGUCUUGUCCAGUGAAAAUGACAGACGAUACCAACAGUGUUAUUACAAAACAGGAUAAAUCAAUUGCAUCCACCAUUCCCACGACUCAGAACAUGGAGGUUAGUGUUCAAAGUAACUCUUCGGAAAUGACAGCCAGUCACUUGUUCACUAACCACAGCGGAGUUCAACUUUCCAUGUCCCAGAGUAACAAACAGACUCUGGAUAUCGGUGUUGGUCGAAAGCCUCAACAACAUUCACAUUCUACAUCAAACGGCGUUCGGCAGAAUUUACAACAGCGCAGUGCAACAGUGACUGCCAAUAGAUUAUCUUAUAUUCCUCCCCAUCCUCCUCUUUUUUCUUUUCAAACUGGGUACAAUAAUGUUGGCCUUCUUCCUACUCCGCCUGGCUUUCAAUGUUCACUUCCAACUGAGACGAAUGGUAGUCUGCAGCAAACGACUGCUUUCGCUUUGAUGCACCAAUUUAGUUUACUACAACAACAAUAUCAGCAUACUUUAACUGGCAUUCAAAAACAGUUAGUUUCUUCUGGAUCGCACUCGUCCAACAGUUUUAAUCCUUUGAACUUUUCAUCGUUUUCCCAGUCUCACAUCAACCAGAAGUAAGUUUCAUCAACAUUUUUAUCUUGUACACAGAAAAUAACAUCGUUAGUUGACUUCUGUGAUUGGUUAUAAGUUGCACUUAUUAGCUACCUGCCGUCAAAUAAGUUUAUUUUUUUCACAAAACAGUUGUUACUAUAGUCUCUGAGAAUUGAGUAUUCUAUGUCCAUACCAUAUGGUACAAAAUCUUAUUCUAUGAAACCUAAUCUGAGGGAAACACCUUUCUUUUACAUAUUUACGUGCUCUUAAAUUCAUGAUUUCAACACAUGUUUGUUAACAUUUUGUUUUCAGAUAUACCCACCCUUCAACUUUCAAUUGAUUUAAAUUUGCAAUAGUCAGCGUGCGAAUGCGUACUUUUUUCCGUUUCGUAGACUUAAUGUAAUAACUUUAACCACUCUCUGCUUUUGAUAAUUUUGUGGUCUGGUGCCAUACUCAGCUUGUGCCGUGACAUUUUGUCAACAUACAUAUUCAUGUUUCUGUAUAAAUAAAGUGCUUAU